AUGGAGCGAGGCCGGGCUCCGCCGCCGCCUUGGAGGGGGCCCUGGAUCCUGUGCCUGCUGCCAGCGCUGGCGGGGGGGCAGCCGCUGGCGGCCGGCGAGGCGGCCUACGAGGAAUGGCGGGCCACGGGCGUGCGAGGCCGGGCGGUGGAGCUGAGCUGUGGGCCGGUGGCUGCCGCCCCGCCAGCUGUGGUCUUCUGGAGCUUCACGCCGCAGGGAGAGGGGCUGCCACGGGCCGUGGCCGUGGGCUCAGGCAGGGAGGUGGCCAUGGCCCCUGGCACCGGGGUGCUGGGCCGGGUGACGCUGCGCAACGGAACGCUGGAGCUGCGGGAGCUGCGCGUGGCCGCCCAGGGCCGCUUCCUCUGCCAGGGGCUCUUCCCAGAGCGGGGCCGGCUCCGUGUGGGCUAUGCCGCCAUCCUCCUGCGAGUCCUGGUGCCUGUCUCCAAGCCCUUCGUGCGGCCAACGGCGGCGGCAGCGGCGGAGGGGGCGGCGGUGGCCCUGACGUGCACUGUGCGGGAGGGGACGGAGCCACUGAGCUUCUCCUGGCAGCACCAGGACCCCCGGGGGGGUCCCUCCGUGACCCCUGCGGGGCUGGGGGGCUCCAGGGCAGAGCUGCAGCUGACGCCUGCCAACCGCAGCCACACGGGCUGGUACAUCUGCACCGUGCGCAACGAGGUCAACAACCACACCAGCGACCCCGUCUACCUGGACAUCGUCUAUGGCCCUGAUGAGCCGGCCAUCCGUGUGGAGCCCUUCUCCCCUGAGCAGGGGGGUUUCUCAGCGGGCGAGCGGGAGGAUGUGGUGCUGAGCUGCCUGGCUCCCUCCAACCCCCCCAGCCGCUACGUCUGGCUGCACAACGGCUCCCAGGUGCACAUCGGCCAGACCUACGUGAUCACUGCCAUCGCCCGCGCCCAGGCGGGCACAUACACCUGCCUGGCCGAGAACAGCCACCUGCAGACCCGCACCCAGGCCACCAUCGUCCUCACCGUCUACUAUCCGCCAGCCGGGAGCCCCAGCUGCUCUGCCCUGGCCUCCGAUGAUCAGCGGGAUGUGGCCCUGCGGUGCCGCUGGCUGGGGGGCUUCCCCCUGGCCCGGCUGCGCUGGGUGGGCCCCCAGGACGAGGAGGAGGAGGAAGAGGGGUUGAUGGGGACCAGUUUUUCCAUGGCCACCAGGAUCCAGCCAGGGGCAGCCACCAGGAACGGCAGCUCCUUCUCUUGCCUGGCCUCCCACCCCGCGCUGCCACUGGGGGCUGCAUGUGGGACCACCCUGUGGGUCCCGUCUGGCAGCCCCAGCUGCGCGGCGGCGGCCACCAAGGGUGACGAGUACGUGAUGCUGCGGUGCCGGUGGGAGGGGGGCACGCCGCUCGUCACCCUGCGCUGGCGGGACAGUGCGGGCCGGACCUUGGGCGACCCCGCACCCUCCACGGCCGUGCUGGUGCUGAGCACCGACGGCAGCCUGGGGGGCCGCGAGUUCGUCUGCGUGGCCGCACACCCGCUGCGGGCCGCUGCCGCCGAGUGCCGCCUGAGGCUGGGUAAGCUGGACCUGUCCCCAGCGCCUCCACCGUGCCACGGCACCACGGGCUGGCACCUCCCUGCCGACACUGUCCCCCCUUGUCGCCGAGCAGAGGUCCCCGAGCUGGAGGCGGAGAGCGAGGUGGCGGUGCUGGAGGGCGGCGAGGCACAGCUGGCGUGUCGGCACCGCGGCAGCAGUGCCAGCCUCGGUGCCACAGUGGCUUGGUACGACCCAAAGGAGCGGGAGGUGACUCCGGGGCUGGCCAAGUACCGGCUGGAGCAGGGAGAAGCGUGGGUCAACCUCACCGUCCGGGAUGCUGAGUGGCCGGGGGACAGCGGGAUCUACCGCUGCACCGCCACCAAUGCCGUGGGCACUGCCAGCCUCCCCGUCCGCCUCCGCGUGGACCGGUACCCAGCGCCGCCCAAUGUCACCAUCAGUAAGCUGCGGUACACGCGGGCGCGCACCGAGGUGCGGCUGGAGUGGCGGACGCAGGGCGCCGGCAACCUCACCGGCUUCGUGGUGCAGCGGCGCCAAACCAAGAAACCCCUCCGGGAGAGCCCCAGCCCCUGGGAAACAGCCGCUGGCGACAUCGAGCCGCACUCCCGCGACCGGCGCCUGGGGGGGCUGGACCCCGCGGUGCUCUAUGCUUUCCGCGUGCUGGCCGUCAACCACCGCACGGCCGGGCACCCCUCCGAGGUGCAGACGCCAGCCGAGCCUCCCUUCGAGGCCUACCCGGCGGUGACGGGGGCGGCGGUGGCAGGGAUGCUGGUGGCCACCGCAGCAUCACUCCUGGCCGUGCACUGCAUCGCCCGCCACCGGGAGACCCUCCCGCGGCUGCACGACCUGCUCUUCCGCACGGCUGGUCCCGGCGCCCAGGAGCCUGUGGGCACAGCAGAGGAUGCUGAAGCGGCCGCAGGCAGGGAGGAGGAGGCAGCACCAGCACAGGGAGACCCGUCUGCCCCCAGCACGGCAGCAGGUGCCGAAGCAGCACCAGCAGAGGGAGAUCCGUCUGCCCCCAGCACGGCAGAGCCGCCCUCGGCAGCACCAGGCACCACCGAUGACCCACCGGUUAAUGUCACCACGGCCGUGACAGCGACACCGUGACCACCCCGGUUUUUUGCUCUUUAUUUCCCUUUCCUUCUCUCGCCCACACCACGGGACGGCAGCACCCACCUGUGCCGCCUCGGGCUGGAGGCAGCUGCCUCCAAAUGCGGCACCCGGCGAAAGCCCCUCCGGCUCAGCCUCGGGCCUGCAGUUAC